GCGCUUCUGUUUGAAUGAAAACAAAGUUCGCGGGUGAAUCAAAAUUUGAGCUGACAGAUCAGAGAAGAAGAUUUUCUAUACAGAGGAAGUGGGUGUCUCCGUCACAUUCAGCACUUCAUGUUAAACAUGUAAUCAGGAAAGAAACACUCAAAACUCAUCUGAACACACAUCGAGAGCUUCAGAAGAACUGAAUCUACUGACAACAGAGAAGAUCAUUUAAUAAGAGAGAAGAAUGAAGAUCAUCUUGACUUUCACUCUGCUGAUGAUUCCUGGUGUCGUGAGGUCCAUGAGCGUUACAGGAUAUUCAGGGUCUGAAGUCAACAUCACAUGCAAAUACAGUAAAGGAGAUAGAGCAAAAGCAAAGUAUUUUUGUAGAGGAAAGAAGCCAAAUAAACCAAAGCAUAAGUGGUGCUCUGAACUCAUCAGGACUAAUGAGAAAGAUAAAUGGGUUCAUUCUGGAAGAUUCUCUCUGUAUGACGACACAAGAUCAGCAGUCUUCACUGUGACCAUCAGAAAUCUGAGAGAACUGGAUUCUGGGACAUACAACUGUGGAGUUGAUAGAACUAGAGGAAGAUAUUCCCACACUGAAGUGAAUCUGAAGGUUAUAAGAGAGACAGACUAUGACAGAACAACAUCAUCAUCAUCAUCAGUUGAAUCUCCAGCGAUCACAUCUGUGUCUCCUGUAACAGGCUCUUCUCUGGUGGUCAGUGUGUCUGUGGUUCUGAUGCUGAUCAUCAUUGGACUCGUGUUUGUGAUCUGGACUGUCUGCAGGAGGCGUCAGUUGAACAACGCUGAUUCCUCCUCCAAAAGAUCUCAUGCGACUCCAGCAAACAAUGAAGCGGUUUCUCACACUGGUUUUGAUUACAAGGAGCUUAAAGACACUCACAGACAUUUACCCACAAGCCCCUCUGAUUCCUCUGCUACAGUUGAGAAAGCCUCUGGAGACUCUCAGUGCCGCAUCUCAUCUGCUGAAGAUCUGAAUUACGCAGUGGUGAAUUUCCACAAGAGAUCAGACUGUCCUGACAGUGUCAGUUUCAGGAAUAAUCAGGAUUACAGUGAAUACGCUGCUGUCAAUCAUCUCACAACAGCAGAGAAUGUUAUGAACUGAUGCAUUUAAAGACCUUUACAUUCCUCUUUUCCUCUGUCCUGACUCUUUUACAAGUUUUGUCAGAGUUGUUAAAUGAGUCAGGUAUUUUUUUGUGUGUGUGUGAGAUAUCAUUUUCUUAUUUUUAUAAGUUUGUAUUUAAGCAUGUAGAUCUAAUCUGAGAUAAAAAUGUUUUAAUUUUCUGAGGUAAAGGUAAAUGUGUAUUGUUUUUUUUAAAUGCAUCAUUAAAUAGAAUCGCAAAAUAAUGACUGUUUUC